CCGAAAUCGAGACCGGCUUCGAUAUCAAACACACAUUCCGAUUUCACCCAUGGAAGUGGUGGUGGCGAGCAGUAAUGUAACGCCAUUCAUAUAAUUGCUGCCUACUUGAGGAAAAGCCGGUCUAAGUUUUAAUAAUUAACAUAAUCGACCCAUUCAAAUUUAUGCCCACCUUGUUCAUAGACCCAUCGACAUUCGGCAAUAUGUCCACUCUUAGAAAAAAGGUGUGUUUGAAAGCGUUUUCUGAUUGAUUGAUGUGCGUGAAAUACGCAGCUCCAAGCUCAUUCACUCUGCUUCUUACCUGCCUGAGCCUGCUUUACCUUGUGUGUAUCAUCAUUUCAUGAGUCUUCCUAUUACUCGCGUCCUAGUCCACGCCGAACCUCGUUGACAAUCACUAACUUGUGGGACUUUAUGGGAUGCCUCUUGGCUGUCCCAAGCACACGGCAGCAUGCGAAAUUUUCGAACCUUGUCCUAGCUGCAGCUAUAGAUGAAUGGGCACAUGUGGAUGUGAAUAGCCGUGUCAACAGGUAGGCCGAGAUUUUAAGUAUUAGUAGUGGCCGCCUCCCACGAUACACCCAUUGCUUUGUAUUACCUGUACCAUUUCAAUUCUUUUGUGGACGUCCUUCCAUUGAUUUCCGAAAUAUUCGCGGAAUCGACAAAUCGCAAUCAUGGGGGCAUUAUCAAAAUUCAGACCUGGAUUUCGUCGAAAGGCUACCGAGGAUAUAAUCAAUGAAAGUUCAGAAGUAGCUAUGGCUGAUAUGUCAUCUUCAAACGAAAAAAAUCCUGCGAAGCCCGCAGUCACUGGUGCCGACGAUACUAUCUCUCCAAGCAGUGCCAAUGACGUACCAAUCUCAGAGCAAGCCGAAAAAGAUGUUCUGCCAACCGAAACUGCACAACGUGGUGUUCAAGAAGUCGAAGCAGUGGCUUUAACAUGGACCAAACCAAUGCUCGUCGCCGUUUUCCUAAACAUGUGGUUGCUUUACUUUGUUAAUGCCAUGCAAUCUUCAAUUUGUUACAAUCUUAUUCCAUUCGCCACGAGUGCUUUCGAAUCGCAUUCUUUGAUUACCGUUAUUAAUAUCGUUGCGAACGCUAUGACAGCUGCCAUUUACAUUCCACUUGCGAAGAUGUUGGAUCUUUGGGGUCGUGCUGAAGGAUUUCUUCUCAUGGUAUUAUUCUCUACCAUUGGAUUGAUCAUGAUGGCGGCUUGCAAUGGUAUUGCUACCUUCUGUGCUGCACAGGUCUUUUACUCCAUUGGAUUUGGUGGUUUGAUCUACAGUAUUGAUGUUAUUACUGCCGAUGUUUCGAAAUUAAAGAAUCGAGGUCUUGCAUACGCCUUCACUUCUUCACCAUACAUCAUUACAGCAUUUGCUGGACCAAAGGUCUCUGAUGAUUACUAUUACAACAUCAGCUGGAGAUGGGGAUUUGGUACCUUUGCUAUCAUCUUGCCAUUUGUAGCAGCACCAUUAUACUUUAUUUUGAAGACAAAUCUCAAAAAGGCAAAGAACACAGGUGUUUUGAUUAGAGAGAGCAGUGGCCGAACUCUUACAGAAAACAUCUGGCAUUACUUUGUGGAGUUUGAUGCUUUUGGUGUUGUGCUCUUUGCUGGAGGUUUUACCGUGUUUUUGCUGCCAUUCACACUUGCUGACACUGCACCAAAUGGUUGGCAAACGGGUUACAUCAUUGCCAUGAUUGUUGUUGGAUUUGUGGUCCUUGUUAUCUUUGCGCUUUACGAAACCUACCUUGCCAGGACACCUUUCUUGGACGUUAACCUUUUAGCAAACCGAACUGUUAUUGGCGCUUGUCUGCUUGAUUUGACUUAUCAAAUCUCUUACUACUGCUGGAACAGUUACUUCACAUCUUUCCUACAAGUUGUCAACAACUUGACUAUAGCAGAGGCUGGUUAUGUGAGCGACACUUUUGAUGUUGUUUCUGGUAUCCUCCUUCUAGGAGUCGGUGUGUUGAUUCGCAAGACUGGAUACUUCAAAUGGCUUUUGUAUAUUGCGGUUCCACUUUACGUCUUCGCUCAAGGUCUCAUGAUUUACUUCCGUCAACCUAAUCAAAGCAUCGGUUACAUCGUCAUGUGUCAAAUUUUCAUCUCUAUUGGUGGAAGUGUUUUCAUCAUUGUCGAACAACUCGCCGUUCUCGCCGCUUCUGACCAUCAACACGUCGCUGCGAUUCUCGCGUUGCUUUAUGUUGUUGGAAAUAUCGGCGGUGCCGUCGGAAACGCCAUUUGUGGUGCUAUCUGGACCAACACAUUCCCACAAGCUUUGGAGAGAUAUCUUCCUGAAUCGGCUAUAGCAGAUUUUGAUAACAUUUAUGGUGAUCUCUCCACUCAACUCACUUAUCCAUUGGGAAGCGAGACUAGAAUCGCUAUUCAACACGCAUAUGGAUAUGCACAAGAGAGAAUGCUUAUUGCAGGAACUGUUAUUAUUGCCUUGGCAUUUGUCUGGGUUAUGAUGAUUAAGAAUAUCAAUGUCGCCCAAAAGACACAAGUCAAGGGUACAGUAUUCUAAGUAUGGAAAAUAGUUUGGAUUUUUUUACAGACGUAUAUUAUCAAAUGCCAUGUGGUAAUUCACUAGAUUUACCGCUUUUCUCUUGACCCUUGGCAGGUCCUCGUAAUUAACAUGUCAUAAUAUCAAAAGUUUUUAGAUACCCUGC